AUGGAUGCCAAACAACUCCUGCUUCAGGCUCUGGAUGCCGACAAAGAGGCUCAAAUCCGCAUGCUCCAAGAAUUUGUGCGAGCGCCGUCGCCCAACCCACCAGGCUCGACGGCGGCCGCUUCCGCGGUGCUCACUUCCUAUCUCGAGUCGCAAGGGAUUCCCUACCAAGCCCUAACUCCGCAAGCCGACUGUCCCAACAUUGUGAGUGACUUCCAGGGCGGCCGAGGAGAAGGCCCACGAGUUGUGCUCAAUGGCCAUAUCGACGUGUUUCCGGUGGGCGACGCCCACGGAUGGUCUCGAGACCCCUGGUCGGGUGACAUUGAAGAUGGCAAAAUCCAUGGCCGGGGCGUCGUGGAUAUGAAGUCAGGGACGGCGUCACUGCUCAUUGCGUAUGCCAGCCUUUACCACCGGCGCGAAAUGCUGCGUGGUAGCGUCGCCUUCUGCGCCGUGUCCGACGAGGAAACCGGGGGCAAAUGGGGCACCAGGUGGUUGCUCGAGCAGGAUGGCCGACGCUGGGGAGGCGAUGUGAUGCUGAGCGCCGAGCCAGGUGGUCGCAGCAGCAUCCGGUUUGCGGAGAAGGGCACUUUACGCUUGACGUGCACGGUGCAGACCAAGGGGGCUCACGGCGCCUUUACCAACAUCAGCAAGGGGGCUGUCCGCACCUCGGCCUACUUCAUCAAGGAGGUGGUCGAGGAGAUCGAGAGCAUGCCGGUGAACAUGCCUGCGGCGUUGUUGGAGCAGCUUGAGAAGCACGAGGUCCAAACCGUCGCCAACGAGAUCAUGGGGGCCGGCACGCACGCCAUUCUCGGUCGACCGACCGUCAAUAUCGGAACCAUCAGGGGCGGUCUCAAGGUCAACAUGAUCCCGGAGAUCUGUGUUUCCGAACUCGACAUUCGACUGCCCGCCGGCCUCACGCGAGAGCCUGUUCUCGAACGCAUGAGAGCCAUCAUCUCCAAGUAUCAGGAAACGAAGAUCGACCUGGCCGUGCACGAGGCCCACAGCAACCCGUCCAGUUUCUCGCCCCCUGAUCACCCCAUGGUCGGCCUCCUGGCCGAGAACGCCGCGCUCGUGGCUCCGGAGUCGGAUCGACCUCGACCGGUCCCCAUUCCGUCGAUCGGCGCCACCGACUGCAAACACUACCGCUAUCGAGGAAUCCCGGCCUACGUCUAUGGAUGCAGCCCGAACACCAUGGCUCAGGCGGACGAAUGUGUGCUCAUCAGCGACUUUCUACACGUUACGAAGGUCCAUGCCGCGGCCACCUGGGACUUUCUGCAGUCCUGACCCGCGUGCAGGGAGAUUCUAUCCAGCCACUCAAAAUCUCGGACCGUUGACCACUAGAAGCAAUAAUAAUG